AUGGCAGAUCAGCUAACGGACCCCGACUCGGGACCCCAGAGGAAGCGCAUCGCGGUGGCUUGUGGGCGUUGUCGCAAACGGAAGAUCCGCUGCAGUGGUGAUCCUGGCCAGGGACAGCCGUGCUCAAACUGUAAGAACGCCGGCGUAGACCAAUGCCAGUUCCUCAGGGUGGCAUCUCGAGAAGCUCCAAUGCGCCAUGAAGAUGGUGAUUUUGGCUACACCGUUGGAGAUGCUAGGGGCUACGCUAGCCGAACACCGGUUGGGGGUGGGAUAUCGUACCAGCAGGACCUGCCCUCGCUGGGCUCUGCGGACGUGCUCGGCUCAUACCGAGGCAGCCCUGGGUAUGCUUAUACGCCAGCAUCGCGGGGAUAUUAUCCCGCCAUGCCAGCUUAUGCGACAGGGUAUACGGAUGAGUUCGAGUUUGGUAUGGUCGUGCCGGCUCAAUCCGUGAUCAAUUCAGAACCCUCUGGGAUGAUGCCGAGCGCGUGGGCUCCCGGGCCGCGAGGCAAACCGGGGUCGUUUAACAGCAUGUAUAUGGACUCGGAUGAUACGUACAACAGCCAGGGGGGAACAAGCUUGCUCCAUCGUCACUCCCAAUCCGUGAGCUCCGAAUCACCCAACUUCCCCUUUUCAGGUGUCGCAGUUUCGCUCCCCAAUCCUACGGGCCGUUCCACCACCUUGCCGUACCCAGGGUCCGCCAAGCACCCUGGCGCAUCCUCGAACCCCACGAUAAACAACCUCGCGGAUGCCGCCACGGCGGCCACUUAUGGCGGUGGAUUCGAGGCUUCUGGGCUCCCGUUUUCUUCUGCUUCUAGCGGCAGCUUGUCUAGCCAUCCGCCGCCAUCUUCCCGCUCGAAUUCAGAUAGCUACACGACAUCCGAAGGGAUCUUUAGCGAGCAGGAGCACACACUCCAAGGUCACCGUCAGGCCUUUGACAUGGAACACGGUCAUUCAGCUUACAUGGGAGGCACGCCUUCCAGCCCUGGGGGCCACCGCCACCGCCAAUCUCUAUCGACUGCAGCUUCCGCCCCGGGUAUCGUUUCACAAACAGAUGGCCGGCAUUUUGUGGUGGCAAACCGCCACUGA